ACGUGCGUCACGCGUGCCCGCGCUGCUCGUCGUUCCCGACUACGCAAUCGCCGCCGAGCCGCCGUCCCCGAACCUCUCUCUCGCUAGGAGAGGCGCGCGCCGACCCGCGCUCUCCCUCUCUGUCUGGCCACGCGGAGCCGGGAGUCUCGGGAUCUGUCAGAGCGAGAGAGCGCGAUUGGCGGGAAUCCGCGACUCCGUGACGGGAGUCGCAGCGAGUGUCCGCGAGUGCCGCGAGGACUCUCGCCGCCGUUUCGGGCCGUGUGCAGCAGCGACCGGAUCCAACGGAAAGCGCGCGCGAGAGCCAAUCGCGAGGCCGUUCGCUCGCCCGAGAGGAAGGUCGCGCCGCUCGAAUUCGAAUCCGCCGUAUCUCCGUGGCUGCGACGCAUGCGAGGGGCCGCUGCGUUGCCAAGUCUCGCGCGCCUUCUCGCCCGCGCGGUGGACUUGGACCGCGGGAGAGACCCGGACACCUGAUCGCCGGCAAGUGCCGUGUAGAGUCGCAGGCGCGAGUGCGCGCAUCCCGGGCGGCUCGUCCACCAGGAGCGCCCUCGCCUCCUGCCGCGGGCGGACAACCGAGUCAGUGGGUCGCGCCGCAGCGGUUGGCGCCUCGUGGCGUGCCACCAUUUUUGAAUCCUCCGAGCGGCGUUGCCGGAUCGCGGCGCCCGCCUUCCGAGAAUCGACGCGCGCCACCGGGUCCCGGCCGCCCUUGCGCAACGCCACCGAUGCCCCGCUCCCCCUUAGGACUUCCAACCUCGACCAAGAGGAACCCUACGUCGUCCGCCCAGCCAAGGAAGGAGGAAUCACGGGAUCGCUUCGCUUCUCUCCCGAGAGGAGGCUAGGAGUCACGGAAGAGGAGACCGACAUCAGCGGGCCGACUCAUCCCUUGGGACAAAGAGGCACAGCGCGGCUCCAGGAGCCCCGAAACCGGCGUAAUAUGAGCGCGAGGGUGCUGAACCCGGCGAUGAUGACGGAAAUGAGCCGCAACCUCGGGGGCGGUCGCGCGGCGCCCAGCAGGGCGGCCCUGGCGCGAGUGCGCCGCGACCUCUUCGGCCCCGUCGACCACGCGGCCGCCCGCGCCUGCGCGGAGCGCGAGCUGCGCGCGCAGUCCCUCCUGGACGCCGAGAAGUGGGGCUUCGACUUCCGCCUCGAGAUCCCGAAGGGGAACUCGCGGUACGAGUGGGAACUCGUUACCGCGCGCGACGUCGUCCCCGAGCCCUACGCCCUGAGGGGCAUGCCCUACCUGGGGAAACACGCCCCCGCUCCCGCGAGCCCCAAGAGCCCGCCGAGAGGGGGCAGGACCCCCAAGGACGGGGCCGGAGCGCCCCGCACCCCCUGUCCCCCCGUACCCUCUGCCGCCAAGGCCGAGAAGACGCCUCCCCAGGAACCCAGGGUCCCCGACGUCGGCGCCAGGGGGCCCGACGUCGCCAACGAGCCCGCCUCCAGGGCCAAGUACCUGGAGGAACUCACCACCCCCGUCCUCGCCAGGGCCGCGAGGAAGCAGCCCUCCAUCACCGACUUCAUGAAGAGCCGCAAGCGCACGUUAAACGGGAGCGCGAAGAGCAUGGUGGAGCCGCCGGAGAAGAUGGCGCGCAACGCGGGCCAGAUACGCAGCUAAGCUCGCCUCUUCCCCCCCCCUCCUCCUCCUUCCCUUUUUUCUCUCUUCUUUCCUUCCUCGCUCUCUUCCCUCUCCUUUCGCCGCCUCCCCUCCGUCCCUUCUCCCCCGGGAGACGAAUGGAUUCAUCAGGAAGCGCGUCGGGACCUGGAAGCGACGACGUCCUUCGAGAUUGCAACGGCGGGGUCGCUGCUGCGGGCCUCGCGUCUCGGUGCAACCGGGACACGCCAGGCUGCGCCACUGGGAAUGGAGGGAACACGCGAGAGAUGGACAAACGUUGAUAUAUAUAUAUAUAUAUAUGUAUGUCCCGGUCGUCGCUUGAUUCUAAAACGCUCUUCUAGGAUAGAUGUGACGGGGGCGUUGUGAUCAGUCGUGGACACCCGGAUUCACUGUAAUAUAUAUACAUACGUGUAUAUAUAUACAUAUGUAGGUUCGUUAGUCGCGGGUCUCGAUGAGAGACGCCGGCGUCCCGCGCGGACGCUGCUUAGGCUAGGCGAGAUAUCGCGAGAUUAUGUACGGAAGAGUCUAUGUUUUGUAGGUUAAGGUACACCGGGUCGCGAGGUGUCGGGGUUCCACUUUGGCGGGAACAGGGAGUCACGUGGUAUACCGGGAGACGCGAACGCCUUUGGAUAUGGAGUUGCCGGUCUAUCAUGGGAAGGCCUUCGUGUACACCAGGGUUUAUCAAGAAGGAACUAAGCUUUGGACCGUCUUGCGGUUUGAGUGUCAUCGUGGUACUCUAUGGUUCGUGACGGAAGGUACAGGUAGUUUCAGCCUUUACGAAUUAAUCCGCUCCUGGCGAUCGUGGAUUUCGAAAAGUGAGAAUUCGAAAAGUGAAAAUGCGAUAUUGCGAAAAUCCGUAAAGUGAGAGUUCGUAAAGUGGGAACUACCCGUAUAUAGGAACGUCGAGGUGUAACUAACCUCUUCUCGACAGCCACUCGACGGAGGCUCCCUCUCUCGAGUGAUUGGCGAGGAAUCGACAGGAGUGGUUCGACCGGGCGCCGCGAGAGCGCGAGUUUCGCCCCGCGCUCGACGAAUGGCAUCCUCGAGUGCGGCGCGAAACGCUUUUUGAACGAAAUUAUGCCCCAUUGGACCCCCAAAGUACCCCGGCAGAAUCGAGGACUCGUGAAAACCGAGAAUGGCGACCAAGCGGGGUGGAUCCGGAUCCAGGGAUGGGACUCGUCGAGAGAUAAAUGGAAACGCGUCGCGCGAGGUGCGCGCCGCGACUGCGCACCUCGCACGGCUCCGACAUCUUGAAUGUGCUACGAUCGAAAAUCACGCAGGAACAUUUUCUUGUUUUUUUUUUUUCUUCCUCAAAUUCCUUUUCACUGAAAUUCACCCGAAUCGUUCGAAAGUAAGGGAUAUAUGCGGAAUUGGCGCGAAACCGAACGUGCGUUCUAGAUCUAUCGACGGUCCCUUUUGUUGUCAGGCUUUCGAGCAGCCAGAUUGGCGAGUCCGUAGAAUUAAUCGAGCAAAGAAAUCACGUUUGCAGUAUUAUUCGACGUAGCGUCGUAGUUUUUCAUUGAACAAUUGUUACGUUGCAUGGUGCGCGCGUGUAUCUUUACGUCUGUCUGCAUGGGAACCUCGGGAGAACCGGAAGGUGUCUCAAAGUAGCGAUGGGAAGUUGACGAUUAGACGUUAUCAUUACGUAGUCUGUCUUAUCGGCGUGAAUCCGACAUUUUGUGGAUUAUCUUACUCCUUUGUAAUCAUGGCUUGCCGACGCCGAAUGGAGGGGGAAAAACAAUAGAAAUGGAGUACGCGUUUCGGGACGUUACCAUCCCUGGAGAAUAGGAAAUGCGAGAGAAUGAUACAGACAGAGAUAUAUAUAUAUAUAUAUGUGUUAUAUAUAACAAUUAGCGUUGGAACCAGUAAAACAAGAGAGUUUUGUAAAGUAGCUUGUAGUUCGUUACCCAAGAGUUUAAGCAUUGAUCUCCUGUACGACUUGAUGAAAGUACAGCCGAUGCCAAAUCGUCAUCCCUCGAUUUUCCGCACCUUAUCAAGGAGCCUUAUCGUACUCGUAUCGUUACUUUGGAGAAAAAGUAAUCCCCCCCCCCGUGCCCUUUUUCCUUAACCUUUUUCCUUAACCUUUUUCCCUCCCGAUUUCACGACUCUUCCUCCCUUCCUUCGUCCUCGGCCGUGUAAAGAAACGCCGCGCCUGAAAGACAAGAAAAGUGCAUUUGGCGCGGGACUCAUUCGAAGUGAAAAAAAUAAAUAAAUAAAUAAAUAAAAAAUGACAGCGAUGGCGAUCGACGGUUCCACGCCGAGGGGAAAAGAAAAGGGGAGGGGGGAAGAAGUCCGCAGAAAAUUGUUUCCUGGCGGUACAACGCGUAGUGUAUUUUUUGAAAAAGAUUCUUCGACAUACGACAAUAUGUCUUCGGCGGCAAUAAUUUUCUGCACUAGACGCGAGCGUCGGUGCAACGAAAGAGAGAGAAGAACUCGAGACAAAGCGAACAUCACGCGUCCCUUUAAUCAUUGCUCGUCCUUUAUCUCCUUUAAUGAUCGGUGAUUACGCGGGGGGAAAGACGUCCUUAUCGACUUAUCCUCUUUUACACGUCAUUUUACAGGUAAAUAGUGAUCUAAUCAUCUCGCAGAUUAUUUUUGCGACCUCGAGGUGGUAUUCUUUUUUUUUUUUUUUUCUUUUAAAUUUCUAACGCUUGAUCUUGACGUUCGUCUUCCCCGUGUAAACGCGUUUCCGAUGUCGACUAGACAAAAACAAAGAGAACGCAAAAAACACGCCGAGAAGGUCUUCGUCCUUCUUUCCUCCCGUUUUUCUUCUCUGUCGUCCUUAAAUUAUUCUUGCGUAGCGCGCAUACCUGGAAGGGGAAAACGCAAUUCUGUACAAAUCGUCGAGUUAACCUUAAUUUUGAUACGAAUAAAAGUUUAAAGCCAUUUACGUAGUUGAGAGGUAUCCACACACGUAUCCAUGUACACCGUGAUUAUCUGGGUCUCUCUUCAUUUUCGUUUCCGAUUUCUUUUAUUUUUUUUUAUUUUUCUCUCUCGCCAUCAUCAAUUCGUUCACCGGUAGUUUCCCGUUUUUUCUUCCUUCUUCCACGUCUUCCUAAUUCUCUCCGUUUGAGAUUCUAUCCCGAGAAUACGACUGGUGGUUACAAGCUCCCUCUUCGAGAGGAAGAGAUAAGAAUAUUGGUUGACUCGAAGGAAAAUAUGCAUUGCUAGAAGAUAAUCCUGCGAUCGAAUACCUCGAAAGAAAUGUGAAUAGGAGUAAAGGAAAAUUCGUUUAAAUCGAGGAUAUGAUUUUUCUCUUCUCGAGGGAAUAAUUGUUCCUUGCAAUUAUAUAUGAUUCAGGCAACGAUGUAUAUUCGCUUCGGUCAACUAAUAUUUUUUUCUCAGUGCAGAUGUCUAAAAGAUGCGAAUCGGAGAGAAGGGAAUGAGAAAAUGAAAAAGGUCUCGCAUUCGACGGAAGAUCGUCUCGAGUGAAAUUCAAUGCCGACUCCGAAAUCCGAUUUCGAGGACCUCCACUUCUUCGGCCGCCAUUUUGUCUUCCCGCGAGAACAAACGGAGAGCCAACGGAAAGGACGAAUUAAAAUAAGGCCCAAUUCGAGUUUCGCUUGCACUGGCACUUAGGAAAAUUCCCCUCCCUUUGUUCUCCCUCGCAGUCCUCGAAAUUCGGGCCUGAAAGAGUGAAAUUUCGAAACGACGGGAUAUGUUAGAAACGACGCUCCGCCGCCGGGACGCGCGAAAAGGUCGAGAUUAAUUUCACGAGGGGAACCUUUGGCACGCGAGAUUUAUCUUAACGCAGCUGCCGAUAACGCGUGCGGAUUUGCGUUAUUAGUUGCUCCCUCGAAGUCGCGUUAAACGGCGUUAAAUCGAAUCGUUAAAGUCUUAUGAAAGUGUCCCAUAUAUCAAGGAGUUAUAAGUAUACUCCAAACUGUGUGCACCGAAUGAUAUUAAACCUGGACCCGUGAUUACGAAGGUCCUAACGAAAGGUUUUAAAACUCACUGUCGUGAAUAAAAUUAUUUAUCCCCGAUCGGAAGGAAAGAAAACAUUUUCUUUAAAAAAAAAAGACGAGAUUUCUUAACUUUCAAGACCUUCGUUAGGACCGAUAUGAUCGCGUGGAAUUAUUUGGUAAAUAUAACUUUCACGGUUUCAUGUGUA